AUCCCCUGAACUUUGUCAAUUCCGUUAUAAAUUUGAAUACAGCUCCUUCCAUCCGUGCAGUUCCACGGGAUCAGUUCUUCUUCGUUUCGGCUUCAUCGCGAGUGAUACUGUGAAGCUUCUAUCGAUGAUGUCUUCUUCCGGAGCGUCUAAACAAAGGUUUGAAAUUUCAAAUAAAUAUGGAGAGAAACUUGUAGGUGUGCUGCAUUCUACAGGAUCAAAGAAUCUAGUGAUCUUAUGCCAUGGAUUCCACGCCUCAAAGGAUGACAUACAGUUUAUUAAUAUCAUUUCUGCAUUAACAAGAGAAGGCAUAAGCGCCUUGCACUUUGAUUUUUCUGGAAAUGGGGAAAGUGAAGGUGAACUUAAAUUUGGAGAUUUUCGCAAGGAAGCAGAUGAUUUACUAGCUAUGGUGCUAUAUUUUUCCGAGAAAAACUUCAAAAUUUGUGCUAUUUGCGGGCUUAGUAAAGGGGGAAAUGUGGUUCUUUUCUAUGCAUCUAUGCAUAAUGAUGCCCCUUUGAUCAUUAAUGUUUCUGGCUGCUUUACAUUAAAAAGAGGUCUUGAAGGACGUCUGGGGAAAGAUUUCAUUCAAAGAAUAAAGAAAGAUGGCUUUAUUGAUGUCAUGGAUAAAGCAGGAAAAGUUGAUUAUCGAGUGAAUGAAGCAAGCUUGAUGGAUUAUCUAGCCACAGACAUGCGUGCAGUAUGCCUUGCUAUUGAUAAAAAAUGCAGGAUUUGUACAGUCCAUGGUUCAGCUGAUACAGAUGUACCGUUAGAAGAUGCCUACGAGUUUGACAAAAGCAUAUCCAACCACAAGCUUCAUAUCGUUGAAGGUGCUGACCACUGCUAUCUCGCACACUUAGAACAGCUAGGUUCUAGUGUUGUAGACUUAAUAAAAUCUGCUCAGGUCCUUGAUGCUCCUGCAGCACCCUUGACUUGAGCUAUUUUCGAGAUGAGCAAGUUAUGUUUGCACAUUUAUGUUCUCCGAGAUAUGCAGUGUUAAUAAAUAUGAGGUGUAAUAAAUGUAUUACAGACUCUAUACUCAAGUAAGUAGGACAUCCUUGAGUAUGAUGACUAUUGUUUUCUUAAUUAUCUGUUUUAGUUCUCUUUUGACUGUUUGAAGCUAAGUAAUCCGUUUUGGAAACGGUGAAAUAAUCAGCUAGAUGUGAUUAGAAAUCAACAUUACUUUUGAACUCUAAACCCUUUCAAAAUUCUUUCAAA